GCGUCCCAGCACUCGACCGCGGGCCUUUCGUCAAUUUCAACUUCUAUACUAACCACCACACCCACGCGCAAUGACCAAUAAGAUCUUCUGGGCGUUGUCAUGUUCGAUGUUGUCACUGUGUGGCUGCCUGUUCCUAUUAUCAGUGGGCAUCCUGGUCAAGGUGCAACCCCAGUACAUGAAGAUUAGCAAGAGCGUCGAGAGCCCCGCUCCCAUCUUCGAGUCGGCCGCUCUGUACGGGGCGCUCUUCCUGGCGUCCUGGGUCAUCUACUACAAGGAGACGAAGAAGAACGAGAUCGCGAGCUACGACCUCAGCAGCUCCACGUCCGAAGAGCGACAGGGUCUGCUGGACAAGCCGAUGGUGAGCUACAGCUGAAGACUGGGAAGUCUUGAGCUUUUGGCUGGUGUUUUACUACUGUAGUCUGAGCUACUACGUGAAAGCGUCCAACUGUUCUUUUAAUGCGAAUACAAUCACAAGUUCGCUUGUC